AUGAGAUUCGCUUGUCUCUGUAAACUACAAGCUCCUUGCUUUCUAUGCUCAAGGCUAGAUCAUGUGUUUAGCAAUGAGAAGUCGAGGUUCUAUGUGGAUUUAAUUUGUACAUUCCAUAAACCAGAGAUCUCAUCUUUCGCUUAUUGUCAUGUUCAUCGAAAGCUUGCGAAUGUCAAUGAGAUGUUUGAAGGAUGCCUGGUUUCAUUUGCCACUAAGAAGAAGUCGAAUAGCAAAAUUUAUAGAUUGUUGGUGGGUAAACUAGGUAUUGAGAUUGAUGAGAAUGUUGAUGGAGAAGAUGUUGAACUCACUUUACUGACAAAGGAUCAUAUGUCAGGUUCUUCAGUCACGAAUCGUUGCUCUUGUUGCUUUGUGCCUUUUAGACACAAGUCUAUUAGAGUCAAUGAGAGAUUGAGCAGAAAAAUGGAAAGCUCUCUAGUAUCACCUUCAACUCAUCAUUUAAAAAAUCACAGAGUUGAUCGCUUGUCUCAUGUCGGUUAUAGCGAAGUUAAAGCUAAUUCUGAUUCUGAGUUGGAAAACCCAUUAUCAGAAGAUGCUGAAGACCUUAAGGAAGAUCAACUACUUAAUGUUGGCGAGGCUCGUGAGUUGAGCCCUAGUCCUAGAGUUCAUGUGCAAGGAGAUGAUUUGAAGUUUUUUGAUGCGUCAAGCUCCACUAUAUUGCAAAACAUUACAAAAACUCUUUCUAUUGAGAGAAAUGAGUCUGGUUUUGAAUCAUUUGAUGGGACUAUAGUUAGUGAAAUCGAAGGAGAAAGUUCAGUGGAUCGGUUGAAGAGACAAGUUGAGUUAGAUAGGAAAUCAAUGUACCUUCUAUAUAAAGAAUUGGAAGAGGAAUGA